AUGAACAUAAUUAAGAAAGAGUUGACACAUUUCCCCUGUUUUUUAAGAAGAUGGUUACAUAACAACGGUAAGGUUACACGUCAAGUGUCGAGUCGGAGGGGCAUAGAACCAUGUUUGAGUGAAAUGAAGAGGAAGGGAUGCGACGUAAACGUGUUGAGCUUGGUGAUAAGUAACAACAACCUGUGCUACUGCUUGCUGAGGAAUAAAAUUAUUAAAAAAAUUGGACUGAUUAAUAUUAAGAAGGACUUCCAGCCCUAUGAGCAGGGCCCCUCCAGCACUCGAAAGGGAAAGAACAACCUCGACAAGGAGGAGUUAACAUACAGCUAUGACCGAGAGGACACCCCUCUGAGCUUUAACAUACGGGAAAUUCUAACCGUUUUGAAUAUGGUCAAGCUGCAUUCCGAUGGGGAUGGGCAGCACGGCGAGGGCUCCAACGAUAGGGGCAGCGAUAGGGCAAAUGAUGGAGCCGCCGAUAUGGCAAAUGAUACAGCCGCCGAUAGCGCAAACGACAGAGCCUACGGUAGCGCUGCUCAGUGGAGCCAGCCGGGUGACCCGCCAAAGGACGCGCACAGAGGAAGGGUCAAAGGAGGGGAAGAACAACAGUAUCAUCGGCAGAGCCAACCGCAGAGUCAGCGACAGAACCAACCAUCGCAACAGCAAGAAUGGAUCAUCGGGAUCGAGAAGGUAAAUGACAAGUACGAGAAGAACAAAACAAAGGAAAAAAUCCUCUCCGUCCUCGUGUACUUCCUAAACUCAAUUUUCAAGUGCCAAAUUAUUUUUUUCUGUCCUAAAGAAGCGAGAAAAUACUUCAGCACCAAAUGUAACUGUACCUUGGAGACACGCGAAGAGACGUAUAAAUACAUAAAAGACAAGGUAAGGAAUUUCCCAACUGUAAGUAAAAAUGGUAACAAGGUCAACUGCCUAUUCAGUGAUAGCUACGUCAUGGCGUUUUAUACGUACAGAUAUUACAUGCACCACCUGGUGAAGAACAACCGAACCGUUUUUAAUUAUCUCGAAAGUGAAGUGCGCAGGAAUAGGAGCUUUAACAAUAUUUUACAGAGCUUGAAGCACGUGGAAAAUGAGGAGUGCUCGCACGACUUGAGGGAGCUACUCAGGGACAGAAUUGGCCGCAUCGUGGACCGCGAGUCUUAC